AUGAUGAAAUUUUGUAGGAAUCGAAUGAACGAACGAAACGUUAUAUUAUUAUUAUUAUUAUCAUUAUUAUUAUUAUUAUUAUUAUUAUUAUUAUUAUUAUUAUUAUUAUUAUUAUUAUUAUUAUUAUUAUUAUUAUUAUUAUUAUUAUUUACAGUUGAAGCUUACCUAGCACAGGUGAAGAAAGUUAUAUUUCUGAAAUAA